GAUGCCAUGUGUUCGCCUCGCCGUUUGUUUUUGUUUUGUUUUGUUUGUGAUUUUUGAUUCCGGUUGAUAAUUGAGGUUAGGAUUGCCAAUGCCAAACAUAAAGAAAGUUAGGAACCAAUUUUAUAUUAAACUAUUUUUGUUGAUCUGAGAUAACUUAUUUUAUGUCAAUUAUUUUGUGAAUUAUUAUCAAAGUUGCGCCAUAAUGAGACAGCUAUCCGAUGAAAGGACAAGGGCAGUUUUCGAGAAGCUAUCAAAAUAUAUUGGAGCAAAUGUGAAAAUCUUAAUCGAUCGGCCAGAUGGAGCUUACUGUUUUAGGGAGAGGAAAGAUAGAGUGUACUACCUUUCAGAAAAAUUGGCAUCCUUGGCUAGCAAUGUUGGCCCCGAUAAUCUCUUGAGUGCUGGUACUUGUUUUGGAAAGUUCACAAAAUCUAACAAGUUUAUGUUACACAUAACAGCAUUAAGCUACCUUGCCCCAUACGCACAGCACAAAAUCUGGGUGAAACCGUCUGCAGAACAGCAGUUCUUGUAUGGUAACAGUGUGACCAAGGCAGGCUUGGGGCGCAUAACUGAGAACACACAGAGAUAUGAUGGUGUUAUUGUGUAUUCAAUGAGUGACAUUCCUCUGGGUUUUGGAAUAGCAGGGAAGAGCACGACAGACUGUAAACAUGCUGAUCCGAUGGCAAUAGUCUGCAUCCACCAAGCUGACAUCGGUGAAUACAUCAGAAAGGAAGAUACGUUAACAUAAAUAAAUCUUGCUCUCAAAUUU